GGUGUACUUGGAUGACACUAGCUAGUAUAGAAUUUUUUUAAUUAUUUUAACAUAAAAGAUCAAAUUAGAGUGUACUUAAGUCAGCUGGAUUAAGUAGUAGGUCACACUAUUUAUAGCCAAACCUAAAUUGAUUUUAGGAUACAAUUGCUAUUAAAGCUAAAAAUUGAAGUGUCCAAUCCAAGGGAGAGAAGUCAAUUUAGGGUGAAAUUAAAAAAUAAUUGAAAAGUUUGGGGUGAAUAUAUGAUUUAGCCAACUGCUUUUGGUAGGUAACUAGCAGAAUAUUAAAUUCUAAUUCUAACAGCCUAAACUAACUUUGAAAAGUUGUCUUUUAUGAGUAUUUUGGAAAUUCUGGAAAUUUUAAAUAACCUCACGAAAAUCUGGAGCAAAAUUUAUAAAUUUCCUCUUAUUUAUAUUUUCCAAUCAGUAGCAUAGCUGGCUUCUCUAGAGACAUGCCUGCUGUCCUCUCCGGCUGGUCUUGUGAAUUAAUUAACUGAGACUUUAGAGUUGAAAAAGCUACGCUGCUGUUGCUACAUUUCACCUGUAUCCCAUUAGCACCUCUUUUCAAUGUGCUUAUAAUUGGGGAGACUGCAAGGUAAUUUCACUUCAUUCUGUAGUCUUCUCUUGCUUUCGUACUUUGGCUGUCUUUAAUUUGGAGUCAAGGUGUUCGAUAAAAUGCCUGUUUAACUAUUGGCUCAUUUUUGCUGCUGCUGUUACUCCUAUGACUUCUGUUACAUUGAUGUAGGAGAUAUUUCAGGGCGUAAUGUUAUUGAUUUUGAGAUACCCAUAGGUUUGCCUAGAAGCAAAAUUGAGAAAAGGUUCAAACUAGAUUUGACGACUCUUGAUUGUUGUUUCAGCAAAUUCUAAAUUCUGAUAGCUUCUUCUGCAUUGACAUAUCUUACCUUGCUUCCCUUGUUAGAGGCCAAAGAAAAUACUGAUUCCCAUUCGUGUAUGAGCUUUAGCUGCAUUAUUCAAUGCAACAAAACCUUCUAAUUGUUCUUCAAAUUUUAUACAUGCUUUAAGCCUAAAUUCAGUUUCUGAAAAAAGUUCCUCAUUAAGUUAAAUUUCUGUAUUAGUUCGACUAUAAUCCUAGUUCAGGUUGAAUUUCGUGGAAUCAAUGUGGAAGUCUUGAUUGGAUGGAAUUUUGAUGAGAAAUGGUGCACAAUUGGUGGCUUUUCUUUGGCACUUGUGUAGUUGAUUCGUUCUUGCACAUGUGAUGCAAGUUCUAGAUUGAAGAAAGUUAUCGUCCAUUGUUUAAUUAUACAAUUCUGAAAUUUGACUUUAAUAUAAGUUGAUUCACAAAUUUAAUUUUUUCAAUUUAAGUUAAAAUCAAGCAGUUCUUGGCCUUUCUCUCUUUCAUUUCUGCAGAAACAAGCAAGACCUUCUUUUCUUAUUCUUCUAUUAAGAAGCACGAAAGGAAUAUAUAAAAUGGGUUGCAGUUGCAAGUCCUUGUUCUUUUGUGGAAAGUUGAUGUCUACUUCCAUUGCUAUUACCCUGCCACCAACUACUCUCAAUAGAAGUUAUAGUCAUAGAAGCUCCGUUAUGCAAUCAUUGCCUCUUUUUCCUUUCCAUCUUUCAUCAAAAGCCCUUCAUGCUGAUGCUAUACUUCAUCUCAAGGCAUUACCAGAAACUAGGACCAAAUGUUGCAAUCGGGAAAUAGCAAUUACUGAAAGCAACCCUUUACCUUUCAAUUUUCCUUUGGAGAGUAGUGAUGGUGGUCAGAAUAACAACAACAACAACAACAAUAACAAUAACAAUAAUCCUGAUGAUCCAUGGUGGUGGAAUGAUGGUUGUGAUUCUUCCAAGAAUCAAAAUCCCUUUGUCUGGUUAUUAAGCUGCUCUGUGGUGUUUUUGUGCUUUAUCCACUUGCAGUUUGCUUCUGCUUCACUUGCAAGAAUAAUUCUCUCUUCAGAUAGCGAGAAAGAAGAUGCUGUUGAUGCUAGCAUCUGGGAAAUUAGAGGAAGCAAGUGGAUUAGGAUCAUUCCUGAUUUCUUCAAAGAUGAAUUCCUCAUUGCUUCAUCAUUGCAUGAUAAUGCAUCACUAUCAUGGUUGAAUAUUGGGGAAAACUUAUGGCUGCAAUGCAAAGUGCUCUUUAUUCGUCUUAUGCUUCCUGAAGGAUUUCCUCUCAGUGUUACAUCUGAUUACUUGGAUUACUCUCUUUGGCGGGGUGUCCAAGGUAUUGCCAGCCAAAUAAGUGGUGUUCUUGCCACCCAGGCAUUGCUUUAUGCUGUUGGGUUGGGGAAAGGAGCAAUUCCAACAGCAGCUGCCAUCAAUUGGGUCCUCAAGGAUGGACUUGGGUAUCUCAGCAAAAUCAUCUUAUCCAAAUUUGGGCGCCAUUUUGAUGUAAAUCCCAAAGGAUGGAGGUUGUUUGCAGAUCUUUUGGAAAAUGCUGCCUUUGGAUUGGAGAUUUUGACUCCUGCUUUUCCUAACCUAUUUGUUUUCAUUGGUGCUGCUGCUGGAGCUGGACGCUCUGCUGCUUCUCUUAUCCAGGCUGCUACUAGAAGCUGUUUCUACGCUGGUUUUGCUGCUCAAAGGAACUUUGCUGAGGUAAUUGCAAAGGGUGAAGCUCAAGGAAUGGUGAGCAAGUUUAUUGGUAUCAUGCUUGGGAUAGCACUGGCUAACUGCAUAGGCUCUUCUACUCCACUUGCCCUUGCUUCUUUCAGUGUGGUAACAUGGAUCCACAUGUUCUGCAAUCUGAAGUCAUAUCAAUCCAUUCAACUGAGAACCUUAAACCCCUAUCGUGCAAGUUUAGUUUUUAGUGAAUAUCUGCUUAGUGGCCAAGCUCCUUCCAUCAAAGAGGUUAAUGAUGAGGAACCACUUUUUCCAGCUGUACCUUUCCUUAAUAUUAACUCUGUGGGCAAACCGCACUUAGUUGUACUAUCUUCAGAAGCAAGGGCUGCAGCUGCUGAGAUUGAGAAUCGGCUGCAGCUAGGGUCAAAGCUCAGUGAUGUUGUGAACAGCAAGGAUGAAGUGCUUGCACUGUUUAAUCUGUAUAGAGAUGAAAGCUACAUUUUGACUGAGCACAAAGGAAGAUUCUGUGUGGUGCUUAAAGAAAGUUGUUCAGGGCAAGACAUGCUCAAGGCACUGUUCCAAGUGAAUUAUUUGUACUGGUUAGAGGGAAAUGCUGGACUUGAAGCCAGAGGUACAUCUGCUGAUUGCAGACCAGGCGGGAGGCUACAGAUAUCUUUGGAAUAUAUGCAACGGGAGUUCAGCCAUGUCAGAAAUGAUAGUGAAUCUGUUGGUUGGAUUGCAGAUGGACUUAUUGCAAGGCCUUUACCAAAUAGGAUAUCUCCAGGUAAUUUGGCAUCUCCGAUGGCAAGCUGACAGGCGAUAUCUCUAUAUCAGGUGAGAGUUUUGCUGGCAAAAGAUGGACAUGCAAAUGAGGUAUCUUGAUUAUCAUGUGGCUUGUUGAUAUCUUGAUGCAAACUGCUACUGAUUCUCAUACAAUUGAAAACUGACUUGCUCAAUAAUCAUUAAAACAGAGGUAGGAAGCGACAGUGAACACAAAUAUGUCCUCUUUUUACAGUUAGGCUCUUGUAUUGAAUUUUGGUUGUUAGAGUGAGUUAGGCUCUUUUCACUCCCCAUAUCUCUCUCAUAUGAUCAAAUUAGCCCAGGCGAACUUUUCAUGAUAUAAUAAUGCGUUCCAAACCCCCGCACCAUUACAUUAAACGGAUCGAUGCUUCGUAAAGAACUACUGCGAAAAAUAAAUUUGUAUUUUGGUAUUG